ACGGCGGCCGAAUAAAAUUAAAUACAGUGCAGGCUUGACGGCGACACGAAAAGGUUGCAAAUUACGCGGGAUAAUCCCAACUUUUCCGACUAUUUUUGAACAGUAUAUAAACAUCGCGGCUGUGAUCGCGUAGCGUUUGUUUCGUUUUCUAUUUCAAUUGUUUAUCUUCGAAGAAUAUGGCUGAUGUUUUAGUCGAAGUCGAACAGGGCAAAUUGCAGGGAACAACCGGCCACGAUUAUUAUGGGGGAAAGUUUUUCAAGUUUCUGGGCGUCCCCUAUGCGAAGGCCCCGAUCGGAGAUCUCAGAUUUAAGGCCCCGCAGCCUCCAGAGCCCUGGACCGGUGUGAAAAAUGCGACCAAAGAAGGGGCCGAAUGCCCAUCAGCCGACAUGUUCUUCAGCUUCUACGUUGGCCAGGAGGAUAACUGCUUGAACUUGAACGUUUACACCAAAGAAUUGCCCAAAGAGGACAAGCCGGUGAAGAAGGCCGUAAUGGUGUGGAUUCACGGAGGCGCUUUCACGUGCGGCUCGAACAGAAGCUUCAUGUACGGGCCCGAAUACUUAAUGACCCAAGACAUUGUCUUAGUCGCCAUCAAUUACCGACUGGGCAUCCUAGGAUUUGCCAGCUUCAAAGAUCCAAGCCUGGGGAUCCCUGGAAACGCCGGCCUGAAGGAUAUGCGCGAGGCCUUAAGAUGGGUGCAGAAGAACGUGGGAAAGUUCGGUGGCGAUCCGGAUAACGUGACAAUCUUUGGCGAGAGCGCUGGCGGGGCUUCGGUGCAUUAUCUCACUUUAGCGCCCAGCACUCAAGGGCUGUUCCAUAAGGCAAUAGUGCAAAGUGGCAGCGCCUUGAACAACUGGUCCUGGGGCAAAAACAAUGCGCCGGAAAUCGCCAAAUGUCUGGGCUAUAAGGAAACCGAGGAGAACAAGAUCGUGGAGAAACUGAGGAAAGAAUCGGCAAAGGCAAUUGUUCAGUCGCAACGGAAGCUGAAAGAGGUGUUUGCCUCUGGCAAAAUUCGGCCCUGGGGCCCAGUAGUGGAGCCGGAGUCUCCCGACGCGAUCCUCACGGAACAUCCGAGCAAAAUCAUGCAAUCUCAAGGGGGCCACAAAAUCCCCUUAAUUAUUGGAUACAAUUCCGGCGAAGGGAUUUUCUUUGAGCUGGUGAGAAGAACGGUGCCAGGGGUUGGCAUUCCCAAGCAUCUGGAGCAUGAAAUCCCGUAUGAGCUCGGUUUGGUCAAGGGAAGCGAACGGUCCAAGCAAAUGGCCGAGCGCCUGAAGAAGGCCUACUUUGGAGACAAGGAGUGCCAUGAGGAUAUCGAUCAAAUGUACAAGUUGAAAGGAGACACAUGUUUUAUUCACCCUAUUCAAAGAACGCUGAAACUGCAAGCCAAACACUCCCACCAGCCAGUCUACGCUUACAGAAUGUCGCUGGUUUCCUCACUGAACUAUUUCCACACCUUUGCCAUGACCAAGCAUUUCAAGACGACGAUGUUCUGUAGCCUUCUGAGUAUGGCGUCAGUAAAAUUCUUGCCUUCGGCAAAAGAGUCCGUUUUAAAUAUGCUGAACAAAGUGCCGAAACGGGAAAUGAACGGAGUGGUGCACGCCGACGAUUUGCUUUACCUCUUUCCCACCUUCUUCACGCCGCCAAUUCAACGUGGAAGUACGGAGGACCGAUAUAUUCAGCGGUUUGUCAAGAUGUGGACGAACUUCGCCAUCCACGGCGAACCCACACCCCAUCACGACGAAGCUCUGGACCACGUCAAAUGGAAACCGGUCUCACACGAAAACGUUGAAUUCCUCGACAUUGGACACAAACUGAACAUGAUCGAGAACGUGGAUGGCGACCGCAUGGACAUCUGGGAUGAUAUCUAUAAGAAUCAUUUGACUGUUUAAUUUAUUUGGUGCUGCAUGGGAAUAUCUCAAGACGUUAAUGAUACGAAGUUGACGCUGGUUAAGUGUGAAAAGGAGUAAGUAGAUUGAAGCGAAUGCCCUGUAUUGAUUUGUGGUGAUUAGCUGUAUUAAAAUCUGCGGGAUUUUGUACCAAA